CGGCGACAAGUUACCGAUACGGCUCUCGUCUACAUAACGCCACGUUCACAAUCUUCCAGACGGAAGUACCCUCUUAGAUUCGCUAGAUGAUUACGGCUACGGCAAGGAUAUUUUAGUCAUCACGCAUUUAAAACACGCUAAAUAUCUAAACCGGAGUCUUGUCCGUUGAAGAACCUCAUAUCUCACUUCUCCUCUCUCUUCCUAUCAUCUCCGGCGGCGCCACCAUGGCUAUGGUUCUUGGAAAUUUAGCUUUAUUACUAGAAGUGGUUUCGCCUCGACCCGUAAUUCCGGACCGGAAAACCCGCCCGGUAGCUAUAGACGUUGUUUUGAACCUUCCGAAGAGGGAUCCUUAUACCUAUGCUGCUUCUCUGGCCGGCAAGAGCUUCGAAUCAGAUGGCGAAGCGAGGAGUCAAAGAGUAGUGGCGAGAGCAAAAGCGAAUUCCAAAGUGAACGGCGUGGAUUUCGAUAGCGAUGAAGAGAACGGGAAUGGGAACGGAGAGGGAGAAGAGGAGUAUGAUUGGGAGAAGGAGAUGAGGAAGAGAGUAAAGGAGAUUGAGGAGAUGAGGGAGUUAGAGAAGAAGGCGGAAGAGUUGCAAAGCAAAGCGGAGGACAGUGAAAGUGAGGAUCGAGAGGAGACUGAAGAAGAGAAGAAGAUGAGAGUGAGAAAAGAGCUUGAAAAGGUGGCUCAGGAGCAGGCAGAAAGGAGAGCAACAGCUCAGUUGAUGUUUGAAUUGGGGCAAAAGGCUUAUGGAAAGGGCAUGUAUUCACGGGCCAUUGAGUUUCUUGAAGCCGCACUCACAAUCAUUCCAAGGUCCACUUUUUUUGGUGGUGAGAUUCAAAUAUGGCUAGCCAUGGCUUAUGAGGCUAAUAACCGCCAUGCAGAUUGCAUUGCUCUCUAUCAGCAAUUAGAAAAGCAGCACCCUAGUGUCAGUAUCCGACGCCAAGCUGCGGAUCUUCGCUACAUUUUGCAAGCACCUAAGCUCAAGAUAUCCCAGGAAGAGAUGGUUACCAUUCCGCUGAUUGGUUCGAGUUAUGACAGCUACGCAGCAACAUGGAGUGGCAAACACAAGGACAAGGAUCAAAGGAGAAGUGGAUCAACAACCAAUCAACUUCCAUCAUCAAGGGACUAUUUAGGGGACUUUCUGGUGUGGCGGCCUCCAACUGGACUUGAGAAAAACCGAACGUUUUGGUUAGCUUUAACAUUAUGGAUGGGCUUAGUUGGAGCUGCCCUCUUUCUACAAAGAUGAAUCGUACAAAAUAGACGCUACAUUGUAAUUGUUGGUUGUAAUUGUUGGCUGUAAUGUGUCCAUUCGAUUGUUUAUGUGUUGUCAAAGUAUCAUUAAGCCAUACGUAUAAAGCAGAAAGAAAUGUCGUUGAUUAGUUUUACACCUGAACCUCUAUUUUAAGGUAAUUUUCUUUUGUGUUCA